CCUAGGAAGUAGGUACAGAAAGAAAACGAAGUAAAAAACCAAUGAACAAUGAUAAGAGACGACACGAGGUCGUUCUACGCGUGAUCCCAACUAAACCGACCGAAUUGGGAGCUGAGUGCUGUUUUAGGAAAUCACCAUGACGAACAUAUGUCGGUUUCAGUUAAGUUCUUUGUUGCUUUGUUGCGAGCCCAAGCGAAACCAACACCGCACCGAAUAGAGAACCCACUACUACGAACUCUUUUCUUCUGAUUCUUGUGCCGCCUGAUUCGCGGGAUACGACUUUCACGGAAAGUGCAUUGCCACCAUGGCCGGGGUUCCUGACCUCAAUUCUUUCGAAGUACGGCUGAGAGUGUCCAACGAAGUCUAUAGGAGAUACCGGAUAGAUGGCGAUGAUAAUACAAGUCUAAAUCCAAGAAGCCCAUCGUAUAGGCAAUUGUACGAUAAGUAUGUUGUACAAAGCCCUCGUCCACUGCCAAAUCCUAAUACUUUGCGCUUCUUCGAUAACAAGAGGUGGAACCCAGAGGAUUACACGGUUGGCAGUGAUACGAAUGGCUCUCAAACUAGUGCCGCUCGACGAAAGGACGAGCUCAUCGCCUACUUUGGGGAGCAGCGCUGUGUUUUCCAGAGGAUCCUGGGUGUGGGAGGCAAUGGCUUGGCUGCCCAUUAUAAAGACCGUGGACCUUCCAAUACUGAUGACCCGGGACGAGACUUUGUUGUUAAGAUUGCUCUCAAAGGUUGGCAAUCUGGUCAGCUCGACCACGAGAGAGAAAUGUUAAGGAAAGUUAAGGGCUCUGCGCAUUGUAUUCAGGCUAUUGACCCUCAAGACAUCGGAAAGCUUCCGCACCGACCAUACUUCAUGAGAUAUGAAGACUAUGAUUCAAGUGCAGAUGAAGAAUCAAGCGGAAAUGAUAGUUCGAACUUCAGAGAAGUCCGACGAAGGCAUCGAAUACUGAAGCGGAAGUCCCGUAACGCUCUAUACUGGAGGAGGAAAAAAAAGAGAAAGCAAGCUCGAGAAAGAGAGAUAGAAAAGAUGCUUGCAGAGGAGUAUAUAUCAGGCGAAAGAAAAGAGUACAUUAUCAUGGAAUAUAUGCACAACGGCAGUCUCGCAAAUUUGAUAGAUAACCUCAUCGAAGCCAAACCGAAUGACAUAAAGUUAGCGAGGGUACCAAAUCGAGUCCUUUGGGGGUUUUGGCUUUGUCUGGUUAGGGCUUGUGUAGCGAUGGAAUAUCCUCCACGGAAAUUCCAUCCUCUGAGAAAAGAGCCUCUGGAAGCUAAAGCAAGGGCUUCUGGCAUGUUCCGUGAGUUAAGGAGACUAGGAAUCCUAGCCGACCGAAAUAAGCAGGCCGAUAUAGAGGCCGAACGUGAAGCACUUGGGGGGGAUUUGGUUGAAAACAUCCCUAAUCCGUCAGGAGAUCCAUCCCGUGACUGGAUAAGGGAAAGAAGACAGAAUCUAGUACACCGAGAUCUUGACCCACAAAACAUCUUCAUCAGCGGAUUUGAGCUGGAUGCGCCGGCUUUGAAAUAUUGGCAAGAUACACAGAAAAAUCCGGCUGCUAGAGCAUAUCUACAACACACGGGGAAACGGCCGGAUCGUCUCAAACAAGAGCAUGAACUCAUACCGAGGCUAAAACUGGCAGACUUCGGACUCGCAAAAUGCAUUAAGCGAGAAAAGACAAAUAUGUAUUAUUUACACAACCGAAUUGCAAAUAAGGCCGGGGAAGUCCCUCCCGAGAUAUUCGGAAUGGAAUGGGAGAAAGUUCCUGUAGAAGAGGGCCCAGACGGAGAUUACCUCGCUAAUUCAAGAACCUGCGGAUAUUUAAGUAAUAAAACUAACAUUUGGAGCAUCGGUCUGUCAAUGUGGGAGCUGAUUGUCAAAUAUCAAGGACCCCUUCCGCCAACACCUCAACCGCCACAAAACCUACCUCAUAUUCUACAAGGACAAAUAGAUUACGACGCUAUACUUCAAGACCCAAAAUAUGCCGACUUCAAAAUUUCUUAUUGUGCUCUGUUGCUAAAUCCAGAUGUACAUGAUUAUGAUUGGGUUGACAAAGCUCUAAGAGAGACAGUCUUCAAAUGCAUGUACCAUAAACCCGACGAUAGACCAACUUUGGAAGAGCUGCUGAAAGAGGCAGAGGAGAAAGUUCAAGAAGAAUUUCCGGAAGAGACUGAUGAAUUUAUCAGGAAGUGGAUAGAUCACUGGCUCCAUUCCCCUCCCCCUCCACCGCCAGAACCAUCAGAUACGCCGAAUUCAUCAGAUUCAUCAGAACCACCGGGGUCUUCACCAAAUCCGCCAAACCCGCCAAGUAGUUCUUCACCGUCAGAGAGUUCUUCGCCUUCCCAAGGUUCGCCAUCUCUGGGGAACCCACCGUUUUCAUCACAGUUACCACCUGUGCCUUCCCCAGGAAAAUUCUCGCCAGUGAAGCUGUCCGUCGCGAGCAAGUCGGCACUCCAAGCAUCACAGAUUAUAAGCAAGGCAGCGCCCAGCAGUGGGAGUAACCCAAUUGCUCUAGGAAUGCAGGGCGUGUUCAGCAGCACCUUCCCAAAUGGCUGCAUUCGGAUACCUAAUGUGGGAGCAGAUGAUUCACUACGAUGCGGCUUAUAUGCGAUCGCAGAUAGUUUACGACACCAACUAGGCCUAAACCCAACAAUCAAUGGCGUCUCGUAUAACUUGAAUAGCCUUCCGACACCAGAUGAUCUACUUAUGAUAUACAGACAGAUCAGAGCUACGGGGGAUCUUGACCCAUUUUUCUCUGAGGAAGAGCUUUCGGAGACUGGUAAUUUCAGUGUGGAUCUCCUCAGCUUGAUACUAAGUGAAUGGGGUAAGACAGUGGAUAUAGAACUAUCGCUUGGGUAUCACUUAAGGGGAGUUGGUUACUUUCCUACAAUGAGCCCUUACAACAACCCUAGAAUGAUCUGGAUUUAUAAUGAUAAUGCCCAGGCCAUCUUCGGCGAAUAUACAGCUUCAGGACUCAAAAUAUACAAUCAUUAUGAAGGGAUAAAGGGGAAAGAUCUACCCUGGUAGAGAUCUAAACAAAUAAGACAACCCAUGCUACAGGAUAUUAGGAUAGAGUUUGAGUUUAAAGGGCAUCUGGGGAGUAAUUGGUAGCAACUUGAGAAUAGUCCAAAUUCCGUAGAUAAACAUACGCAUUGAUUAGUUAGCUGCGCUUUCGGUGCC